AAAAAGAUUUUAUUUUAUGAAUACUACAUCAAUCCCAGCAGAACGUACACUGUUUGUUUCAAAAUACCCUCAAUAAACAACCACUGAACAAUUAAAGAAAAUAUUCUCAGAAUUUGGCCAAAUUGAAUAAAUCACCUCUUAAGGAUCAGGAGUUUGUAUAAUCUAUAAGGAAAAUCAAAGUGGUAAUUUAUUGUAAUUAUACAUUCAAAGUCACUUCUGCUCUCUAAAAAUCGAUUAAUAUCAAUGGUGAAGAGCCCUACGUUUGUUAAUACUUAAAUAUAGCUCAACUGGAUCUUGAAGCGAAUGUCUUUAUUGACAAUAUUGAUAAGAAAGAGACUCAAUCAUCUCUUCGUUAACUUUUCAGCUAAUUUGGAACCAUCCUCAGUGUCAAAUUAUAGAAGUCAGACAAAGUGGGUGUUGCCUAUAUAUAAUUUGACAAAAAAGAGUCAGCUGAUAAAUGCAUAGCCGAAUAAUCUAAAUUAGGAUUUAAAAUUUAGAAGUAUCUUUUUAAUAUUAUUAUUUAGAUUUACAUCCAAAAAACAACACAGAGAUCAAGUGUACAUAAGUAACAUCAAAGUCCAGCCAAAUGUCACUCCAGAUCAACUAAAAUCAGAGUUACAGACCUUUGUUUCCUCUUUUGGAACCGUGGAAUCAUUGGUUUUGAAUAGAAACACAACAAAUGGGACAUUUUUUGCAUUUGUAAAAUUUGUCAAUUAGGACAGUGCCAAAGCAGCUGUCAAAUCCAACAAAUUGUUUAAUGAUCAGUAAAUCCACAUCGAAUGGGUCGUCAAUAAUGUUGACAAAGACAUCGAAGCCAACUUGUUCACCAAAAAUCUGAAAGCCGACAUCACUGAAGAAGAUUUGAGGAAAGCUCUCAAUUUGGUAGUGCCUGUAGAGGACAUCAAAUUAAUGCCAUCAAAACAACCACCAAAUGGUAUUUCGUAUAGUUUACCCAUUAGGUAGUAGACCACCCACUCAAAUAGCUUAUUUAUAUUUCAAAACAGCAGACGACGGCAAGAAGCUUAUCGCAUAUGCAUACGAUCAUCCUCAAAUAGGGUCAUUAUAUGUGAAUGGAGUGAUAUCACUUUCCCCUCUCUUGCCACCUUCCGAAGUGAAUUCCCUAUUGCAAGUGAAGAAAAAUACAUUCUAAAGACAAUUCCAUCAACCAGCAUAUUAAUAAUACCAAUAAUAGAUGCCCCCUCCAGCCUAUUAUUAAUAAUAACAAAGAUAUCCUUAAUAAUAACCACCCAGAUAGCAUCACAAUGGAAAUAGAUAUCCCCAAUAGAAGAGACCCUAUUAUCCCCAGCAACAACAAAUCCCAGAUUUACCCUAAUUAUAAGUUAUGGUUGAUAGAGGCUAAAAAUAGCAAGUUACUGAUUUGAUUGGAAUGUAGCUAUUUCCAAAAGUAACCCAAGUUGUUGGCCCUAUUAAUGUAAUAAAUAUUAUAUUCCAAGGCACCACAAGUUACUGGCAUCUUGCUUGAUUUUGAAAAUUAUUAAUUAAGCGAUUAGGUUAGGAUGAUUCAAGAUUCAGCUUAUUUGGGCGAGAAUAUCAGAUAAGCACUUGAAAUUCUUAAAUGAGUAUGAG